AUGUCAGCUGCCAAAGCCAGCGUUCAGGAGUAUCUCCAGAAGACAAAAGCUAACGAAUAUAUUGAGGAAGCUAUGAACGAGCUCCUUAAGACAAAGCCAGAAGAUACAUUCGGCGUUCUUUCAACACUUCUUAGAAAGCAUGCACUUCCACCAACAGUUGAUCACCUUGUUGGCCGUGAAGUCCUCGACUCUCGCGGAAAUCCAACAGUCGAAGUUGAUGUCUACGCAAAUUACCUCGGCCACAUUCAAUUUGCUGCUAAUUCAUCCGCUCCAUCCGGCGCCUCAACAGGCUCUGGCGAAGCAUACGAACUCCGCGACAAGGAUCCAAAGCGCUAUGGUGGCAAGGGCACACUUACAGCUGCUGGCAAUGUUACAAACAAGAUUUCCCCAGCCCUUAAGGGAAUGCCACUUGCUGACCUCAAGGCUCUCGAUAAGAAGAUCUGCGACACAGAUGGCACAGAGCUCAAGCAAAACCUUGGUGGCAAUGCUUGCACAGCCGCCUCAUUCGCUCUUGCUACAGCUGCUGCUGAAUUAAACGAAGAGCCACUCUUCAUCUACCUCGCCCGCAACUACUACGGUGCUGAGAACAUGCCAAAGAAGUACACACUUCCAUCUCCAUUCUUCAACAUCCUUAACGGCGGCAAGCACGCUGGUGGCAACCUCAAGCUCCAGGAGUUCAUGGUUUCCCCACGCAAGGAUGUCCCAUUCCCAGACCAGCUCCGUAUGGUCGCUGAAGUUUAUCAGAAACUCGGCGCUCUUCUUUCCAAGAAGCACGGCGUUUCUGCCAAGAACCUCGGCGAUGAGGGUGGUUUUGCACCAUUACUCAACACACCAGAGGAAGCCAUCCAGACAAUCGAAGAAGCCAUCGUCGAAGCCGGCUACAAAACAGGCGUUGACAUCUUCCUCGGUCUCGAUGCCGCCUCAUCCGAAUUCUACAACGCCGAAACAGGCAAGUACGAAGUCGAAGUCGGAAUGUUCAAGACAGGCGACGAGAUGAUCCAGUACUGGAAGGACCUCGUUGCUCGUCACCCAUCAAUCAUCUCAAUCGAAGAUGGCCUCGACGAGAAGGACUACGCUCACUGGACAAAGCUCAACGCUGAACUCGGUGGAAAGAUCCAACUCGUUGGUGAUGACCUUUACACAACAAACCCGAAGACAAUCAAAAAGGGUCUCGAGGGCAAGUGGUGCAACGCUCUCCUCCUCAAGGUCAACCAGAUCGGUACAAUCUCCGAGGGUAUGGAGGCCGCUAAACUCAUCCUCGAUGCUGGCCAGCGCGUCAUGGUUUCCCACCGCUCAGGCGAAACAUGCAACUCCGUAAUCGCUGACCUCGCUGUCGCCAUCGGCGCCCAGUCUAUCAAGACAGGAUCAACAGCUCGCGGAGAACGCAUCCAGAAGUACACAAGACUCCUCCAGAUCUACGAAUACCUUAAGGAGCACGAUAUGCUUGCAUAA